UUGCCACAGACAAUCGGACCGAGUCGGGUCGAAUUUGCCGCCAUCUUCUUCUAUGCCCCAAAGCAUUUCGAAUCUCUUCCUACGCUAAUGGCCACGGUGACGAAACUGAACCUGAAGGAGGAGACCGGCGACUGUCACCGCCUUGAGGCGGAGCAGAGUGAAGCUCCGGCGGAAAUUAGCGAUUCUAGAACAAAAAGAGUAGUUGAAUUAGGAAAUGGAAGCGAAGUAAUAUACAUGCCUAGGUUCCUAAAUUACGAUCAGUCAUGGGAUUUUUUAGAAUACCUUAACAAAAAUAUACCAUGGAAUCGUCCAACGAUUCGCGUCUUCGGUCGAUCUUGUGUCCAGCCAAGAGACACUUGUUACGUGGCAAGUGAAGGAUUACCACAACUAGUUUACAGUGGAUACCAGCCUCAUGCAUAUUCUUGGGAUGAAUUUCCUCCGCUUAAGGAUAUUCUCGAUGCUGUCCAUAAAGCUUUUCCAGGAAGUCGUUUCAACAGCUUAUUACUGAAUAGGUACAAGGGAGGCGAUGACUAUGUAGGUUGGCAUGCUGAUGAUGAGAAACUUUAUGGACCAACUCCAGAAAUUGCUUCUCUUUCCUUCGGAUGUGAACGUGAAUUCUUGCUGAAAAAGAAGCCAGAUAAAACAUCCCGAGGUAAAAACACCAGUGGUGAAUCUCCCAGAAAGCGAUUGAAGAAGGAUGCCUUUCCAGACAAACACUCGUUUGUCCUAAAACAUGGUUCAUUGCUGGUAAUGAGAGGUUAUACUCAACGGGAUUGGCUUCAUUCAGUGCCUAAACGUGUAAAGGCAGAUUCAUUACGCAUUAAUCUCACCUUCAGACUUGUUCUUUGAACAAUCAAUGACACUAUCAAUGCAUCUCUUUCAUUGUUUAUACCUGGGGGUUGGAAAUCUUAUGCAGUGCAGUUAGCAACAAAAGGAAUGCGAUUUUGAGCCUGUGCUUGAUGAAAAUUACUAGUACUAGAUAUUGGUUUUUUCUUAUACUAAUGAGGAAUGUGUUUGAUGCAGCAAUUUACUCAUGCUCAGAUAAUGCACUGUGAAGGUACGUUUCUAUCCUAUGAACUAUGAAGGUACGUUUCUGAAAAUUAAUAACUACUUAUAAAGAUUCAACAUUUAUUUAAACCAACCCAAUAAGUAUCAAAAACCUCAACAAAUAAACACAAUAUCUAAUUAUAAGCUAGCGUACCUCAAGAGGCACAAUUAAGAGACCAGGCAAGACACAAGAAGCGACGGCUUUAGCUGCAUCGUCUAUAGAUAACAUUUCCACAAGAGCAUAGCGUAUCUUCUUAGAACUCGAACUCAUGAUUACAUGUUCAACUUUGCCAAAAUUACUAAAUAACUCUUUCAAUUUUUGGCAAGUAUAAUCUUCACUGCUUUUACUCCAUGAUACCUUAAGCACUUUUUCCUUGUCAACACACAUAUCUGAUGACACUUUCUUCGAAAGCAAUAGUUCACGAAUCCUAGCAAUUUCACCUAGAAGUUUUAUAGCAGUUCGUUCCUCUUCUUCUAAUCGAGCCAAAUUGAUAUCUGGUACAAAUAUAUGUUCUGGGACUGGCAUAGUCUUUCUACGCUUCGAAUCUUGUUGUUGUUGUUGCUGCUGCUGUUGUAGUUGGAUCAUCUCAUCAAAUAACUUCCUCUUUUUGUGAUCUUUGAGAAUGUCAUAGGAAGCCUUGAGUUUUUGAAAACUUAAGUGAGCGUUAAUUGGAUCAUGGAGUCUCUUGUCUGGAUGCAAUUCUAAUGCUUUCUUUCGAUAAGCUUUCGAUAUAUCGAUUUCAGAAAGCUUUGCCCCUUCCUUACCGGAGGGUAAAUCCAAAGCAUUAUAAUGAUCAACUUCAAUAUCCAUGGUAGAACCCUAAUUUCUAAAUAUUUAUUUAUUAUUAGGAGGAUUCAUAAACAGACUUGUUCUAUUUAUAGGUUUCGAAUUUAUUUUUCUUAAAACCCUAUAAUGACUCCAACUACCUUGUUAUUUCGAUUCCUAAUAAGUUUAGGAAUUCUAUACUACUCUCCCCUUCAUUUUUAUCUAA